CCGUGUUUUCGUUUUUAGAACGAAAUUGGACGACAUCGGCAUGGCUGGCAAGGGCCAUCGUUCUAGCGAAGACACCGUGGAGUAUUAUCUGUUUCCGUCCAUUCCAAACCGAAUAGGAGACGAUGGAGUUCAGACAUACCUCGAGGAACAAGUUGACAUUUUCCUAGCUCAUUUGAGCCCGUUCCUGGUCGAAUAUAUUUGGCAAUGCGAACCAUUUACUCUGUGCCCCGUUGUAGGGAAAGGUAACCUUCCCCCUCACCUGUAUGGCAGCACCAGCUUCGGCGAGAAUAUCGACGACGAAUGGUUGAUCGUGUACCUCUUGUUCAGGCUGUCCAGGGCGUACCCAAACCUUGUCAUCAAGGCGUCAGACAAUGACGGAGAGUUCUUGCUAAUAGAGGCUGCUGAAGCUCUGCCAAAAUGGCUGACACCAGAGACGUCCGACAACAGGGUGUACAUCUAUCAGGGAGAUAUACACAUUAUACCUAUCCCACAAACCCCAGCCGAGAUGAUGGAGCUCCCGCUGUUUGCUCCAGACAUCCCGGACGGUGUCAAGUGUAUACGUGAACACACCAGCCUCACUCGGGCAUCACCGCAGAUACAGCGAUACAUCUUCUCACGGCUCAGCUGCUUCCCUGAAAAAAUUAAAGAAAAUGUCCAUCGCGCCAACUGCUACAUCCCAGCGAAACUGGUACCGGUGUUACGGCGAAAUCCUGCCCUGAUUGCGCCUGCCGUGCAUGCCUUCUACUACCGAGACCCUAUAGACCUACAGGCUUGUAGAACGAUGCAGAUAUUUUCGCCGACUGAUCAAGUUCUAUCACGGGUGAAGUUGACUCGCUGCCUGUAUGCCCAGCUAAUGCACCAGCAGUUCACCCCGGACAAGAGGAGCGGAUACACAUUGCCCACCACAUCCAAUCCCAAAUUCCAGUCACAUGACCUGGGCGUGAAACUGGCUCAUGGCUUUGAGAUCCUGUGUACCAAGUGUUCCAGUGGUCCUCGUAUGGGUGUCAAUGGUCACUCAGCUCCAUCUGACCGGGAUGUACGAUGGCAGAGGUACCUCAAGUCACUCAACAUGAGUGGGUAUUUCAGGGAUGAGGUGACAGGGUCCAAGUUGUAUACAGAGUUGCUUGCGGAGGCUCGGAAGUUCUACAUGGAACAGCUGCAGAUCAGCAACAGUGGUUCCUUCAGGGCAAGCCCUGGGGAGGAGGUGCUGGACCUGGUGGGCAGUACCAGCUAUGACCUGGAUAGUCUUCGUAGACAGGAGAAAACGCUGCCCGCACCUGAUGAUGACAGCUGGUUGAACCUGACCCCAGAGUCUCUGGAUGAGAUCCUGAAGAAAGCAUCAGGGAGGUCCGACCCAGACGCCUUCGACAUGAGCAAGGUGGCAGACUCCAUGAAGACAUUUGUAGGCCAUGUAUCCGGCGUAGAUGGAGCAGAGUUUCCACAAGAGUCGGAAGAGGGAGAGAUACAGUUUGAGAGCACAGGCUUCAUCCAUGCCAUGCAGAAAAUGUUUGAAUUCAAUGAUGAUGAUGAUGCAUCCAGCUCUGAUAUGAGUGAAUACGAUUGGGAUGACAGUGAUGAUGAUCUCGAUUCACCGCCUAAGCACUCUCCAUCCAAGAGGCCCCAGAGGAAGAAGUCCCCCAAGAAAACUGCUCCGCGGCCAGAUCCCAAGAUACAGAGUGUGAUGGAAAUGAUGGAUAGCGAGCUUGCACAGACCAACGUUGGGAAGAGCUUUGAGAGAGAAACAGUAAAACAGAAUGGGAAUACCAAACCAAAACCACAGCGUCCAAAACAGCCACCACCACCGCGCCCUUCACUUUCACAUUCUUCCCGACCUUCACCCCCAGCUAGACCUUCACCUCCAGCUCGACCUUCACCCCCACCGCGACCAUCACAACGACCUCCCCAGCGCCCACCACCAAGGCCUAACAACACCCCGACAUCCAGCCCCAGGAAGCACCAGCGAGACAUUGAGGACGAAGAUGAUGGUUUUGUGCCUGUUAACAUCAAUCUGAAUGUUGUCAAGAACACUUUGGAGUCCUACAGUGCCCAACAGGGGCUUCCAGGCCCUGCUUCCAACAUUCUACACAGCAUGGGGGUCAGACUGCCUCCUAAUGCAGAUGCCUUGUAAUAUGAAGCCUUUUAGAACACACCUGUUUUACAUAAUGAAGGUAUCUGGUCUCUCUUGGUACAGGUGCCUUGUAAUGGGAAUCCUUGUAGACCACCUGCUGUUUCACAUAAUGAAGGUAUCAAGUCAUCUUGUAGAGAUGCCUUGUAAUGGGAAUCCUUCUACAACUCCUGCUGUUUCACAUAAUGAAAGGUGUGUCUGUUUUCUUAGUACAGAUAUCUUGUGAUGUUAAGGACGUUAGGUUCUGGGCCCAACAGAUAUCUUGUGAUGUUAAGGACGUUAGGUUCUGGGCCCAACAUUAUACCCAGGGUCAAACUGUCCCCAGUUUGAUGCCUUGUCAUAACAUGGUAGGGAUGUGAAGUAUCUUUCUCCCAGUGUUUAUAUUCAUUCAAGGGUAGGGAGUCUCAUGACCUUGAUGCUGAGUCCUUGUCAUGGGAAUUUAAGAUUGUUUGGUCUCUUAAUGUUCUACACAGUAGAGUGUUCAUUACUCUCGGUGCCAAAUGACUUCCGGGUAUGUUGAAAACAUCAGAGUCAAUCUGGUCGUCAGAGACACAAGGUGACAGAGUUACUGAGCCAGGGCUAGUAAAUAUCCCCAGUGUAUACAAUUGUUACAACACACUUUACAUGGAUCACUACAUGUUAUUCAGUGAUUAUACCACUCCUUUCGCAUGUAGACCAGCAUCUUGGUAGGCACCUUAUACAGUAAAACCUCAGUAGUCUGAACGCUUUUGUACAAGGACCCUCGUUUUGUUGACAAUUACAGUUAGAAAUUCAAUGAUUGACUAGCUGACCACCUGAUGUAUUUACUUACCUCCUUAUGACAUUCAUGAGCUGCUGGGGACCUGUAUUCGCACCCAGAAUACUAUCAGAAAUGGAAAAAGCAAACACAUUAUUCUUUACCAAUUGUUUGAUAAACCAGAUGAAUUCUUUAUAAACAUUAGUCUGGAUUACUGAGGCUUUUCUAUAUAUGACAACACAGCACUUGUAUAUAUAUCUUGAAUCAUCUGUUGCCCAUGUUUGAAAGUAUGCUGUGAGCACACAGACCAACUACCUCCCUCACUGAAGAUCUCCUGGUAGAUGCCGCUACAGUGUAUAAUAGCCCAGUUACUACAGUGUAUUAUAGCCCAGUUACUACAGUGUAUAAUAGCCCAGUUACUACAGUGUGUAAUAGCCCAGUUGCUCUGGGUGAGUCUAUAGUAUUAGUUGUUAUCCAGCCUGAUUCUGCUGUGCACCUGCAAACAUGGCUAGUAGUUGUGAACAGCUAGUAUUGGUAUGAUUACGCCACUUAUUGCUAAGCAGGAAUUGGCUCUGUUUAUUUAAGAUGUAAUGCAUUACAAAUAUACUCUAUCUGCAGCAGUAGCAUUAAGCCAUUAUGUCAGAGGGUUCUACUGUUUCAGUCCUUGUGCCUGUUGUGUGAUCAGGUUUAUGUCAACUCAGUGAAGGAUACGUAGGUUUGUGCUGCCUCGCUGACAGGGUUGUGUCUGACUGGUGUGGGACAGAUAUUGUCAUAUAUGAGAAGAGGAUUUUUCUGUUAUGUUUCAAAGGAUCUUGCAUAUACUACUCAAAAUAUGAUAAGAACUCACUACAUUUUCAAAAAAACUGUUAUUGUAUGAAAGAGUACCCAGGAUUGUAUGAACAAAUUGUAUGUUUUUUUUAACUUCAUUAGAGUAGUAGACCUGUGGAGGGGGAUUUGUUGCUUGCACUGUAAGUUCAGUAAAAACAGAUUAGAUUUUGCAAGCUUUUGAAGCAAGUUUCUGUUUUGAAUAAUUCAUGUUAUACUUGGAAUUAUGUAAAAAUAUCAUGCAUUAAAACAAAAUACAGUUCCAACUGAAUCAUGUACAAAUAUUGCAGGAAGUGUCUGUUGUUACAUGUCUUUAACAUUUGCUAUGAUUGCAGUUGGUAGGUCCUUAAUCCUACCACUACCUGUGUGUAGCACCUUGCAUAGUUGAAACAUACAGGGUGGUGGGGUAGCCUAGUGGUUAAAACAUGCGCUCGUCACGCUGAAGACCCGGGUUUGAUUCCCCACAUAGGUACAAUGUGUGAAGCCGAUUUGUGGUGUUCCCCGCUGUGAUAUUGCUGGAAUAUGCUAAAAGCGGCAUAAACUCAUACUCACACACUCACAUACAAAAAUGAACAGACUGUUGAUGUGGGCAGGUAGUUACACUACAUAAUCAUUGUGUUAUGUAUAUUGAACUGAUUUGAAUGGCCCUGUUGAAUAUAAGGAUGUCUGGUGUUCAAGGUUGUGUUAUUUGCUAUU